CAUGACUGCGUUAAUUAUGUUUUAAUUCCACUUCCGGUGUUGCGGCAUCAAAACAGACUCGACAGCAUGCCUACUCAGCCUGGUGGAGACACUGAAAAAGCGGAUGAAUUGAACGAAAAGCUUGAUGCUUUUGCCAGGGAUUUAAAGCAGGGGUCAAUUGAGGGAUCCUACAAUGUAGCAUUUAGAACAGUCUCUUUGCUGCGAAUAGUGAUUGCACAAUCAAAGUGCAACUCAGCCAAAGAUGUAAUGGAAAUUGUUGUGAAAGAAGGAAAAAAGCUGAUGGCAGCUCAACACUCUGAGACAGCUGUUGGGAAUAUGGUGCGGAGGGUCCUCAAAAUCAUCAGAGAGGAAUAUGCUAGUGCUCUGAGAGGAAAGUCUGAGGAAGGGGACCCACAAGAAUCUUUACAUAAAAUGUUGUUGGCUGAGGGCCAGAUAGACGACUUCAGUCGACCUGUCCCAAAUCUAAAGGCCGCAGUUUUAGAUGCGAUAAAUGAACUUAUUAUAGAACUGGAAAACAGUGCAGACAAUAUCGCUGGUCAAGCCUUAGAACAUAUCCAUGCUAACGAGGUCAUACUAACGGCAGGAAAGUCAAGAACUGUGGAAGCAUUUCUAAAGAAAGCUGCAAAGAAAAGAAAGUUUCAAGUGAUUGUGGUUGAAUGUGCUCCAUUUUUCCAUGGUCAGGAACUAGCCAUGAGUUUGGCAAGAGCCAGCAUAGAGACCACGGUUAUCAAUGACUCAGCUGUUUUUGCCAUCAUGUCCAGGGUCAAUAAAGUCAUUAUUGGAACCCACACAGUGAUGGCGAAUGGAGGAUUAAAAGCAGUAAAUGGAUCUCAUGCAAUUGCACUGGCAGCAAAACACUAUUCAGUUCCUCUAUUGGUUUGUGCAGCAAUGUUUAAAUUAUCACCACAAUAUCUGUGUUCAUAUGACCAGGGUGCAUUUAACAAGUUUGUGAGCCCUAAGGAUGUGAUGAAUUUUGAAGAAGGAACAAUAGCCUCUAAAGUCCAGAUAGAUAACCCUGUGUUUGACUAUGUCCCACCCGAGUUAGUCACGCUAUAUGUAUCUAACAUAGGUGGAAAUGCUCCCUCGUAUGUGUACAGACUUCUGAGCGAAUUUUAUCAUCCGGACGACCAUGAACUUUGAAUCAAAGCCUGUGGCAGUGGUUGAGUUAUGAGAAUUUAGGUGUACAUUAAAUCUGUACAAUUUUUUUAAUGUGACUAGCAUUCUUUUUCACAUUCUAAUUAAAAUCAAUCUUUAAUCUGCUCAUAUAAUUCACUACACUAGGUCAUUGUAUUGAGUAUGUGAACGGAUUUAACAUUAACUGUAGAUUACUGACACAAUGCCUUUUUCAGUGUCAGAAACAGAAAUUUGACCAUUUUCCUAGCAUGCACUUUAAGUUUUGAAGCAGAUUUUAAAAAUAUAUAAUGAUGCUUUAUUUUAAAAUAGAGCAAAAUUUGUGUAAAAAUGUGAUAACUGGGAAAUAGAAUAUGUUGUGCAUGUUUAAGUGUUGUGGCAGAGAAAGAGGUUAAAGUGAAGGAUGUAUUGAAUUUCCUCUUUUAAUCGUACCGGAACUGACUACAAAAAUAAACUUUAAUGUCCUGGUAUGAAGUUGAACAUGGCUGUUGAAUAAUACUGGCAUCAUUUCCUUGUUCAGUUCUGGCACGAAUCAGCUGAUUGUAGAGAUGUAUAAACACAAUAUAGACAUAACUCCUCCUUCAUCUAGAAGCACUACCUGUGUAUAUUCCACUCAGUGACAAGAAAAUCUCACAAGUCAGGUUUAAAUAAUUUAUUUUUUAAAGUCUGUAUAAAAUUCAUGAAAUAAAAAGUUAUCAAAAGUCA